ACGUUUCAAUUUCGACAACAAUAAUCGUCGCGAAAAUGGCGUCCAUUCCGGUGUAUUGUAUCUGCAAACAGGUCUACGAUGUCACCCGUUUUAUGAUAGAAUGUGACGUCUGUCAGGAUUGGUUUCAUGGAAGCUGUGUUGAGAUUCGAGAGGAUCAAUCAGAAGAUGUGGAAGAGUUCCACUGUCCAACUUGCGCAGUAGUCCACGGACCUACAAAAUUGAAGAAGAAGAAAAAUUGGCACAGACAGGACUACACAGAAGAAUAUGAUCCGACCAAGCCUGUACAGAUAGGAACAGCCGUGUUUUUACGGCAGCUGAAAAACAGAGCUUUCAGGCGGGCAGAUGAGAUUCUUCUGCAUCCCAGAGGCCAUGAGUUGACGGUGGAUUUCCUGGACAAGAAUGGCUUUCAAUCUCCCAUCAUGAUAGACAACAAGGAGGGGCUAGGACUCAUUGUGCCCCCGCCCACAUUCACUGUUGCGGACGUGGAGGAGUAUGUCGGAUCUGACAUGGAGUUUGAUGUCAUCGACGUCAGGAAACAGGAUGAGAUGAAGAUGUCGAUGAGGGAUUGGUCAGAUUACUUCACAAGUCCUAGCAGAGAUAAGAUUCUCAAUGUGAUCAGCUUAGAGUUCUCACAGACAAGGUUGUCAGAUCUAGUGGAGGCUCCUAGGGUCGUGCGGAAGAUCAGCUGGGUUGAGAACAUUUGGCCAGAGAAGCUGCCUGAGGACUGCCCUUAUGACAGGCCCCGUGUAUCCAAGUACUGCCUCAUGAGCAUCAAAGACAGCUAUACAGACUUUCAUGUCGACUUUGGAGGAACCUCUGUCUGGUACCAUGUCUUAAGAGGAGAGAAGGUCUUCUACUUUGUGAAGCCAACAGAGGAAAACCUUAAAGCAUACGAAGCCUGGAGCAAACUUGAAUCGGACAAACAGAGCGAGACCUUCUUUGGAGACAGAGUGGACAUCUGCUACAAAUGUGUGGUCAAGCAAGGAGAGACAUUGUGCAUACCAACGGGUUGGAUACAUGCAGUGCUGACAACAGUUGACAGUCUUGUGUUUGGUGGGAAUUUCCUACAUGGUUACAGCAUAGGUUUACAAAUCAAAAUUCACGAAUUAGAAAAGAGAGUGAAGAUGCCACCCAAGUUUCAGUUUCCAUGGUUUGAAGCCACUAUGUGGUAUGCUGCUGCACAUCUACUUGAUAGAUUAAAAGAAGGCAAAGAGGAGAAGAGGAGGAUGUCACCGUACAUUGUCUCUGGGAUCAAAGACCUUUGUACUACUCUCAAGUCAUGGACGAACAAGAAAGAGCUGCUAAAGGCAGUUACAAGAUCUAUGAAAGUCAGACACCAUCAGAAAGAGAUUCCAGAGGCCAUCAACCAUAGUCGGUUGAUCAAGGAGCUUGCCAGGGAACUCAAGUCAUGUGAGCCACAAACCAAGAAAGAGAAGAAGAAGUUGAAGAAGAAGAAAGGCCAACUGGACGUUAAGCAGACUGAAGCAUUAGAGAUUCUACACAGCCAAACAGAAGAUAGCCUUCGAGGCGGCAUGACAUCACACCGGUUACCUGCCCUUAUAUCCAACCCAUUACCCGGUUCGUAUCGAGCCCAAGCCCAAGACACCAAACCCCUCAAACUACGCAUUCCAAAGGUGGAGUCUGGUGAUCAAGGCCAAACCUCGACCACUGCAACCUCAGGGAGUGAGGAUGAGAGACAUCGGAAGAAGAGAAAGAAGAAUACAACAAAGAAUACAACAAAGAAUACAACAGACUCUAGAAAUCCACAGAUGCUCAAACUUGUUGUCUCAAAUGGCAAAAUUGUCAGUCGAGGUGGAUCACCUGUAACAGUUCAAAAUACUGGCUUCCAACCCAUAUCUAAGCAUGAAGCCAGCAGUGAAGAAAUCAACGUUGAUGAUAUCUCGGCCGAAGACAUCAAAGAAAGACGGAAGCUUAUGUCAUCGCAAGGAUCUCUCAAGCUCAGAUUAUCAUUCAAUGGUAAAUCUAAUCAUCAGGGUGGUAUGAGCAGUUUACAUGACAGUAGCCACCAUGAUACAUCAGAUACACUGGAUUCAGAUGAUGAUGUCUUGCCUUCGGAUAGGAGUCCUAGGGCUCCUCAACUGAGUAAUGUAGAUGUCUUGUUACAAGCAACCAAACUUGAACCCUUACCAACAAUUAGUCUAGCAGACAUUGAAGCUGAGCUCAAGAAUCAGCCAGCAUCACCAGGAACACAAGAUGCUAUCCAAGGAAUGCUCUCCAUUUCACUCCCAGGACGAUCGUCCACCAGCCCCACUCUUGCCCAUGAAGACGACGACGACUACGAUGACGAUGACAGCAACGAUGAGGACUCCUCCAGAGAGAGGAGAGCAUCCAGACACAGACAUCGGAAACGAUACUCGGAUGACCUCGAAGAAUUGCCCAACUGCUUUCAAGAUGCCAAAUAUGUAUACCCAUCCCUGGAUGACGAUGGAGACGGUCCGCUCUUCAAGUCUAGAAGCAAGACUCCAAGGAGAGAUCAGUUGGACCUGCCCUGGAAUCCCAAGGCCAAGGUGUUGACUCCGAGUCAGAAGCUAAUCAGACCAGUCAGGGAGAAUGCUAGGAGACCCAACAUAGAGACAGGGUUAGCGGACGCUGCAGCCAGAUUAGCAAACAAGCCGAGACCAAAGAGGCAGUACAUCAGGCGGAAACCCCUCGCACCCAAGAGGGCAGCAGAGCCCCUAGAGGAUAUUCCAUCGACCAGCAGCGCUUUCCUGGCCCAGUCUCAAAACGACCCGUUCACAUUCCAUGAUGCUCUGGAUGUAGAGGACAUUGACCUUACCCAGAGUGCACCAGCUGACCUGCUCAAACCAAACUCUGCCCUUGGACCAGGAAGACCUCCUAACAAGAAACCCAGGAAGGGGAUGGCAACGGCUAAACAGAGGCUGAGUAAGAUCCUUAAGAUGAAGAAGGGAGGAAGAAUUAUUAUGUGAUGAUCUGCAACAUCAACAUCAACAAAACAGAAUCCAAAAUUCCUCACCAGGCUGAACUGAAGAGAUGGAGAUAAAGUGACUUUUCACUGCUUCAUAACUUCAAGGGCACUGCAGGAGCCAGCCACCACAUAGACACAAUAAAAACAACUUUCAUAAUGUACAACAAUUCCAAGAUUCCAAAAAUCUAGUUUUCUAAAGAUUCAUUCAGGUGUAGAACAGUGGUUAUCAUGGGAUGUUCCCUCCACCUCAGAGUUGCAAAAUACAGGCAAAUCCUAUAUCAAUAUUACACAGCCUACUUCAAGCUGGUAUCACCAAUCAACCUUUAAGGUCGAUUCUGUGUCUACAUUACUUCUGGCGUUUGAGUGUAGUUUGGUAUUUAGGUUCUUAGAGCUUGAAGUUUGUUUUAGAGGUAUUAUAAGACAGAUUCAAUUGUAAGUGAUUUUGCAUUUGAGUAUAUACAACAGGUAUAGGUAUUGUUUAUGCUGUAUUUCAUAGAGUGUACCUACUUUUGUUGUUUUGGUUUAUCUAACCACAUGUAAAAAGAUUAAAUGGAAUUCUUAUGUUCUCUUUGUCAGAAUGUUCCAUAGAUCCAUACAAGAUUGUCUUGAUUUUCAUAUGAUUUUGAUUUUGCUUAAAUGCUUUAAAGGGACUUGGUAACAUUGUUCAGAUGAGAGAAAAUGGUGCUAAGGUAGUGACUUCAAUGCUAGAUGUACAAUUAAGAUAAUCUAAGUGUCUCACAGUGUCGCCUUCAAA